AAAUGGAUAGAAAAAGGACUCUCCAAGUAUGAUUACAGAAACUGGUUUGGCCCUUGGCAUAUUAGCAUUUGCUUUUUUUGUACCACUGUCAGUGACUUCUCAUGAGGCAGUUACCAUUCCCAAACAGCUGCGGACUGCUGCUGGUAGAGUUGCAGUCAGUUGCACAAGCUGCAGCGUCACCUGUGGGCUGGGUUACAAGAUAGAAGAAACUUGUGAGGUUAGGCCUGAUGGGCAAAGGAGAGACUGCACCAAACAGAAAGUGGACUGUUUGACCAACUGGAUCUGUGGGAUGCGCCACUUCACUGUCCUCGUGGGUAAGCCAUUUGAGUUCAGCUGCCUGACCACUGGGGAGAUUGGUCCCCAGACUCAGAGCUUCAGCUAUACCUGGAGGCUGGCCAGAGGCAUCAUCACCACAGAUGAUGUUCUCUUUGUACCUUUCAAGAAUCCUGGCUUUGUCAUUAAGCUUUUCCCAGCUGAGGAAUAUGAUGCGGGGACAUACAGGUGUGAUGUGCAGUUAAUGAAAAACUAUAUGGUUGUCAAGAGAAUCUACUUUGGACUUCGUGUAAUCCCUGGUGACCUGGUGGAUCUGAGUUUUGACAAAUCCUUAACAUUGGAACAGCAGUUAGAAAGUGAAAAUGAAAAAAACCAACAGAAUAUCACCAACAUACCGGUCCAGGAGCGGUGGCACUCUUGGCGCCAAAGGGCUGUGCUUGUGUUUCUGAUUGGCAUUGGAAGCGGAGUGGUGGGAGGGGUCUUGUUGCAUACCCUUCUCUACUGUGUGCUGAAGGAUCGUAGUAAGCAUAAAAACUAUGAACGUGUAGAGGAUAGAGGGUGACUGCUGUACUUAAGAGUUUCACUAUAUUAGUGUUAUUAC